AUGAGAGCAGCACGCAAGCUCAAAGGCUACCGAAGUGAGGCUAGCAAUGAACUUCUUUCGGAGCACAUGCUGGCUGGUAUCCCUGAAGUUGAUCUUGGCAUCAACGCUCGCAUCUCGAACAUACUGGAAACAGAAAAGAAGAAGAGUGAGCUAUUAGAGCAGGCGUUGGAAAAGGCCCGAAACGCAGCGUCGAAUCCUCGGAAACCAACGGAAGAAGUGCGAUACAUUUUUUCUCCCGGAGUUUUCACUGAGGAUUAG